GUUUUAGUUGGAAUAGAACCGUAAUAUAGUACGGCAGCUUAGGCGGGGAUGGAGAAGCGUAUAAAACUUUUUCUCAUAAUAAACUGUAUAUUCCGUUGUAAUGGCGUCAGCUGGCGCCGACAACUUGAACAUAUAGCCAACUCGAAGUUACAUAGCCAAGGACUAGCAAACUAUUACUUACCAUUAAGAAGAUUCUAUCAGUUCGAUCCUCGCGAGCUCUCAUCGAUACUCGGAGUACCAUCACGAGCUAGUCAUCUUCCUGAAGCAGAACCUAUUUUACCAGGACAUACACUUUUAAAGCCAUCAUUGGGAAUGUUAAAGUCAGCCGUGAAGUUCCCUCAUAAAGAACUAGAAGAUGGAGCCGGUGUUUACGGCAACAUUGAUAAUUUAGGAAUAAGAUAUGAUGGUAGAAAUGAAAGAACACUCUAUUCUGGAUUUCGACGGUCUCCAGCGGAUUAUUUUAUGGUGGUCCCAUUAAACGGAAAAGAUACACAAGGAAAGCCGAGGUUUAAAUUAGAAUCUGCAGUUCUGGACUUGGAGCGAAAAGAAAACGCAAAAAAUAAGCUUCUAAAGAUAUUAAAAAGGUUGAACAUACCGCUCAAAGGCUUGAAAGUCUUCGUCGCUACUUUAAAUAAAUAUGAAUCGAAUGACGUGUAUAAUGAGCAGCGUACUUCCUAUUAUCUGUGA